GCCAGGCGCCGCCCCGCCCCCGCGCGAGCUUGGCGGGCCGGGCCGGGGAGGGUCGGAGGCUGGGCUCUCCUCUGCCGCGCGGCGCGGAGCCGCCUCGCUCCUCCGCAGGCGGAGCCUCCUUCCCCCGCCCCCUCCGUCUCGCUCCCUUGUUCUCGCCGGGGCCGCUCAGACCUGCAGCGGAGCCGCGGCGCCCGCUCGGAUCCGCUCCGGGUGCGCCCUGGGAGCCGGUGGCGGGGGCGCUCCCCGCCGUCGUGGGCGCCUCAGCAGAGCCAGCUCCGGCCCCUACUCUGCCUCAUGAGAUCAAUCCACCUUCAAGGGCUGCAGUUGACAGUGUGGGCAGGGGCAGGAUCUGGAGAGAGCUGACAGGUCAGAGAUUUAUCCAUUUGGAGGGCUGGAGGUGAAUACAGAGAGAGCCUGCCUGGAGGAAAGGAUCAAACUGUCUGCUCUUCGCCUGAUCUGGUUCUGGGCAGUGGGGUGUGGAUCCAUGGGGUAGCCCCAACACAUCCGCCCCUCUGCCCCAGCCAGCUCAUGGGCCACCUAGCCCUGCCCAGCCUCAGCACCCCAGGCCAGUGAACAGAACCCUGGCUGGAGUCCCAAUAUGUGGGGCCUGGUAAGGCUCCUGCUGGCUUGGCUGGGUGGCUGGGGCUGCAUGGGGCAUCUGGCAGCCCCAGUCCGGGCCUGGGCAGGGUCCCGGGGACGCCCAGGGCCUGCACUGCUGCGGACCAGAAGGAGCUGGGUCUGGAACCAGUUCUUUGUCAUUGAGGAAUAUGCUGGUCCAGAGCCUGUCCUUAUUGGCAAGCUGCACUCAGAUGUUGACCGGGGUGAGGGCCGCACCAAGUACCUGCUGACCGGGGAGGGAGCAGGUACUGUAUUUGUGAUUGACGAAGCUACAGGCAAUAUCCAUGUCACCAAGAGCUUGGACCGGGAAGAAAAGGCACAGUAUGUGCUGCUUGCCCAAGCCGUGGACCGGGCCUCUAACAGGCCCCUGGAGCCUCCCUCAGAGUUCAUCAUCAAAGUGCAAGACAUCAAUGACAACCCCCCUGUGUUUCCCCUGGGGCCCUACCAUGCCACAGUGCCUGAGAUGUCCAACGUGGGGACAUCAGUGAUCCAAGUGACUGCUCAUGAUGCUGAUGACCCCAGCUAUGGGAACAGUGCCAAGCUGGUGUACACUGUGCUGGAUGGACUGCCUUUCUUCUCUGUGGACCCCCAGACUGGAGUGGUGCGAACAGCCAUCCCCAACAUGGAUCGAGAGACACAGGAGGAGUUCUUGGUGGUGAUCCAAGCCAAGGACAUGGGCGGCCACAUGGGGGGGCUGUCGGGUAGCACUACGGUGACUGUCACCCUCAGCGAUGUCAACGACAACCCCCCCAAGUUUCCUCAGAGCCUGUACCAGUUUUCUGUGGUGGAGACGGCUGAGCCUGGCACUUUGGUGGGCCGGCUGCAGGCCCAGGACCCAGACCUAGGAGACAACGCUCUCAUGGCGUACAGCAUCCUGGAUGGGGAAGGGUCGGAGGCCUUCAGCAUCAGCACCGACUCCCAGGGUCGAGAUGGGCUCCUCACUGUCCGCAAGCCCUUAGACUUUGAGGCCCGCCGCUCCUACUCCUUCCGUGUGGAAGCCACCAACACACUCAUUGACCCAGCCUACCUGCGGCGAGGGCCCUUCAAAGAUGUGGCCUCAGUACGAGUGGCUGUGCAGGAUGCCCCAGAGCCACCUGCCUUCAGCCAAGCCACCUAUCACCUGGCAGUGCUGGAGAACAAGGCUCCUGGGACCCUGGUGGGCCAGAUCUCUGCCAUGGACCUAGACUCUCCAGCCAGCCCUAUCAGAUACUCCAUCCUCCCCCACUCGGAUCCAGAGUAUUGCUUCUCCAUUGAGCCCGAAGAUGGCACCAUCAGAACAGCAGUGUCCCUGGACCGAGAGGCUCGCAUCUGGCACAACCUCACUGUGCUGGCCACAGAGCUUGACAGCUCCGCACAGGCCUCCCGUGUCCAAGUGGCCAUCCAAACCCUGGAUGAAAAUGACAAUGCUCCUCAACUGGCUGAGCCUUAUGACACCUUUGUAUGUGAUUCUGCAGCCCCUGGCCAGUUGAUCCAGGUCAUCCGGGCCCUGGACAGAGAUGAAGUUGGCAACAGUAGCCGAGUCUCCCUUCAGGGUCCUCUGGGCCCUGAUACCAACUUUACUGUCCAAGACAACCGAGAUGGCUCCGCCAGCCUGCUGCUGCCCUCUCGCCCUGCCCUACCCCGCCAGGCUCCAUACCUGGUUCCCAUAGAACUGUGGGACUGGGGGCAGCCAGCACUGAGCAGCACUGCCACAGUGACUGUCAGCGUGUGCCGCUGCCGGCCUGAUGGCUCUGUGGCGUCCUGCCGGGCUGAAGCUCAGCUCUCACCCACUGGCCUCAGCACUGGUGCCCUGCUCGCCAUCAUCACCUGUGUGGGCACCCUGCUUGCCCUUGUGGUGCUGUUCGUGGCCCUGCGGCGACAGAAGCAGGAGGCGCUGAUGGUUCUGGAGGAGGAGGACGUCCGGGAGAACAUCAUCACCUACGACGACGAGGGUGGCGGUGAAGAGGACACCGAGGCCUUCGACAUCACGGCCCUGCAGAACCCCGAUGGUGCAGCCACAUCUGCACCAGGGCCUCCUGCCCGCCGCGAUGUGCUGCCCCGGGCACGGGCCCCGCGCCAGCCCCGGCCCCCAGGCCCGGCCGAUGUGGCGCAGCUGCUAGCACUGCGGCUGCGUGAGGCGGAUGAGGACCUCGGGGUACCCCCCUACGACUCGGUGCAAGUGUAUGGCUACGAGGGCCGCGGCUCCUCUUGCGGCUCGCUCAGCUCUCUGGGCUCUGGCAGUGAGGCAGGUGGUGCCCCCGGCCCCACAGAGCCGCUGGAUGACUGGGGCCCUCUCUUCCGCACCCUGGCUGAGUUGUACGGGGCCAGGGAGCCCCCGGGCCCCUGAGCGCCGCCAGGCAGCCUUUCCAGGCCCUCUGAGUGAACCCCAGGGUCCAGGCAGGCGGCAGCAGCCCGGCCUCCUCCCCGCCCAUGGCCCUCCUUCCCUCCAGAGCAUCCUUGCUCUGCCCUCCCACUCCUAGGUCGUCUGUGUGUCUCUCCAGGGAUCUCUGUCUGUCUGUGGCACCUUGUCCAGGUCUGGGUUUUGUGGCCCUGACCCUGCACCUCUGCACUCACACUGUGACUCCUUUAUCUGUGGCUAUUGUCUCAGCGUCCGAGUCUCUCGCUGUCUUCCUUACACACAUGCCCUGUCUCUCUCCAGCCCGCCUCACCCCUCUUCCCUGGGUCCCUAUAACUGGUUCUUGGGUUUUUUUGGUUGUUGUUGCUGUCUAUCCCAAAAGCAAAAGAAACUUCCAGCCACUGCUGCCCGCCCUCCUGCAGGGGAUGCUCUGCCCCAGACCUGCCCGCAUGGUUCCUUCCAUCACUCAUGGCCUCAUCCUGGCUCUGCCACGUCCAGCAGGAGUGAGCCGCCGCCUCCCAGGGCAAGAGCUUCAGUCCCCAGUUGGCCACCUCCCUGGAGCUCUGCCCAGCUGUCAGCCUGCCCUUGGUGACCCAGCUCUGGGCAUUGUCUUGUGUGUUUCCCAGGCCCCAGGGAGAGAAGGAAAGAGGGAGGCGGCUGGGGAAGGGGAAAGAGGGAGGAAGAGGAGGGGCCUCCAUCUCUAAUUUCAUAAUAAACAAACACUUUAUUUUGUAAAA